ACCUCUAAGCAAUUCAUUCAAUCAAUCAUAGAUUGCCUGGUAGGAAAAAUCACAACUUCCCUACCUCACCUUCUCUCUACCUAGCUCUCUUACAUAAACACCCACAUACAUACAUACAUACGCUACGAGUUUCAUUGUGGAAAGCACUGAUCGAUGUGAGGAGAUGAGAUGAUAAAUCUCCAGGUUACAUCCUGAUCCGUACUGUUGGAAUUCAAGCUGUUGCAAUUAUAUACAUAUAUAUUCAGAUAAUGAGCAACACAAGAGAUCUAGAGCCCAGAAUGAACAAGUCCUUGUCUGGCUUGGCUUAUGACAGGGGUUGAUAUAUAUAUACAUACAUACGUACAUACAGUUCCAUAUAACUACGUACAGGUCCGUUUAAUUAUUAGAUCCUUUGAAAUCUGGUGGUUUAAUUUGAAUGGAGUUUACCGGCGGCAAGGGCGAGAAGAAGGCUAGUUCAGGGUCGUCCGUACUGAAGAAGCUCGAACGGUACCUGUCGAUCAAAGGCCCGAAAAGGACCCGGACCCGAAGCGUUUUCACGAAGAGCAAGUCGUGGCCGGGCCAUCAUCAGCAGCAGCACCAGGUGGCCCCGAGCGGGUGUUUCUGCGUCUACGUGGGCCCGGAGAAACAAAGGUUCGUGAUAAAGACGGAGUUGGCGAACCACCCGCUGUUCAGGAUGCUGCUGGAGGACGCCGAGCUCGAAUACGGCUUCACCAGCGACGGCCCGCUGCUGCUCCCCUGCGACGUCGAUCUUUUUUACAGAGUCCUCGCCGAGAUGGACCACGACGGUAAGGAGAGAGAGAUCCUCGGUGGUGGUUACGGGUUCGGGUCGGGCGGGUGCAGCCCCUUUACUCCGGGUCGCCGCCAUAGCAGGGUCGGCGGCGGGGGCUGCGGCUCGUACGGUCUGCUCACGCCGCCGCGGAUGCUCAAAAUCAAUCAGUUUUAAUAACGCCGUGGAACGGACAAGUCUUGUUUUAUUUUUACGUUUUAUGUUUGUCGUUUUUGUUUUGGGUUUGACUUUGUGUUUUAGUGUUUGGUGUCCGAAUCCUUGCAUGCAGGCAUGAACUGUGUCUGUUCAGCUCGUGAUAUAUUGUCAUUAUUAUUAUUUAAUACCGAUACACACAUAAAUAACUUAUAUAUAUAUAUAUGUGUGUGUGUGUAUGUGUAAUGUGUGAGGUAUCCUGUCGUGAUCACUCGUGUAUAAAUUGGUAGUAGAGAAUCAAUGUAAUGUGGGCGGUUGGUGGGGCCUGCAAGCAAUCUAUGGUUCAACUUCAAGUUGCAAUGUUUGUCUGCUUCACAUCAUCUUUGUGACGAUUGCUCAAUCUAUGAACCGAUAAUCUUGCCCUCA